UAACCAGUGCUGUUAACCUGAGUUUUAGGGCAUCCUCCAGCCCCUACUAUGAUGUGUGCUCCUCCUCUGCGCUGGGGCUACUUAUUCUCCGGCCUUUUUCCCUCACUUCUGUCAAACUCCUCACAGACUUCAACGCGCUGGGGCUGAAGUUUUUUCACAGAUAAAAAUGAUUGUCUGGGUCGUGUGUGCAGCUGUGAUCUUUGUCGCCCUUUACCUCCGCUAUCCUUACUUCAUCCAGGAUAUCCAACACGUGCGGCUUCGAUUAACAGCAACAGAUCAAGUCUUAAAAUACAUGCAGACCAAUUACAACAUCAUCGACCGUUUUUCUGAACUAGUGAAGGAGCAGCCACACAAGCAGUUCGUGCUUUUCAAAGACGAGACUUUUAGCUACCAGGACGCAGAUGAGCUCAGUAACAAAGCUGCGAGAGUUUUCCUGCAGAUUGGACUCAAAGAAGGAGACACGGUCGCGCUGUUCCUCAGAAACGAGCCCAUGUUUCUGUGGCUGUGGUUGGGUUUGGUGAAGAUCGGGUGUUCCGCUGCUUUCCUCAACUUCAACAUCAGAUCAAAGUCCCUGUUACACUGCUUCAACUGCAGCGGAGCCACGACUCUGAUCGCAGCUGGAGAGUUGCAGGAUGCAGUGGACGAGGUCCUGCCCACUUUGCAGGAGCAACAGGUCAAUAUUUUUACCUUAGCUGAAAGAUGCAAAACUGCAGAUGUGCAGAGCUUCAAAGACAAAAUGAACCAGGUCUCUUCUGACCCUCUGCCCAACAAUUUAAGGUCAAAUGUAACCUUGCAGAGUCCUGCAGCCUACAUAUACACAUCAGGGACAACAGGUUUCCCAAAAGCAGCAGAGAUCUCGCACGCCAAACUGUGGGGCAUAGUUAGCUUAAUUUCUAUCACAGGAGUGAAGACCAACGAUGUGAUUUAUAUCAGCCUCCCACUCUAUCACACCGCGGGCUUCCUCGGAUUCACCGCAGCCAUUAAGAAUGGUAUGACAGUGGCUUUGAGGGACAAAUUUUCUGCAUCUCAGUUUUGGGACGACUGCAGGAAAUAUAAUGUCACUGUCAUUCAGUACAUAGGUGAAAUCAUGCGUUACCUCUGCACCACACCAAAGAAACUCAACGAUAGAAGCCACAAAGUGAGACUUGCUUUAGGCAACGGUAUCAGAGCUGAUGUUUGGAGAGACUUCCUAAAAAGGUUUGGAAACGUUCAAAUCGUAGAGUUUUAUGGAGCAACGGAAGGGAAUUUUGGUCUGAUCAAUUACACCGGCAAGAUCGGAGCUGUUGGCAGAGACACUUUCUACUUAAAGAUGCAUUUUCCGUACGCUCUGAUCAAAUUUGACGUAGAUAAAGGAAUGCCCUUGAGAAAUGCUUCUGGUUUCUGCAUCGAGGCUGCCAAAGGUGAGCCUGGACUUUUGGUUACUGAGAUAUCCAUGAGCGCUCCUUUUGCUGGUUAUGUGGGCGACCUGCAGCAAACUGAGAAGAAGAGGCUGCGUGACGUCUUCAAGAAAGGAGACUUGUACUUCAACACUGGUGACCUGCUGCGCAUAGAUGAGGAUAAUUUCAUCUACUUUCAUGAUCGAGUCGGAGACACUUUCAGAUGGAAAGGAGAGAACGUAGCUACAACUGAGGUGGCUGACAUCAUCUCAAUGGUCGACUGCAUUAAAGAAGCUAACGUGUAUGGAGUCACAGUACCAGGUCAGGAGGGAAGAUGUGGAAUGGCUGCUGUCACUUUAAGAGACGGACAGAGAUUUGACUCCGCCGCUGUUUGCAAACAUGUCGAAAACUUUCUGCCGGCCUAUGCAAGACCACGUUUUCUCAGGAUUCAGGAGUCCAUGGAUGUAACAGGCACGUUCAAGCAUACGAAGGCGAAGCUGGUGGAAGAAGGUUUUAACCCAAAUCUGAUAAGCGAGCCACUCUACUUUCUGGAUGACAAAGUCAUGGAUUACAUCCCACUUACACUGGAUAUGUUCAGUUCAGUUACAUCUGGGAAGAUCAAAACUUAACUCAGCCUCUCCUGCUCACACUGUGACACAUCAGCAGCCUGCGAUGCUCAGCACAUUUGAGGGGCUGCUUUAUGGUUUUAUCUUUAUAUGUUUAAAAAUUAGCUCUACUUUGGCUCUAAUUUUAUACAUGUCACAAAGGGACUUCAGUUAUCCAGAGAACAUGUUUGAGCCUGUUGCAGAGAUAAUACAGUUUCACUUAAAGCAAAAGAGCAAGUUUUUCCAGUUGAGAAAAUGGCUCCUUAUUCAAACACUGACUUCUGGCUGCGUACCAUUCUGUUCUAUUGAGGCUAUUGUCAGUGUAGGAGCUGGAAACUAUGCCCUGUAAACAAUAGAUUUCUUCUUGCUGAAUGUUAGUCGGUUGGCCCCUCCCUCUCUGUAGGGCUUCACGAUUUGAGGAAAAUAAUUUAUUCUGAUUUUUCUGAUCAAUACUGUGAAUUGUAAAUUACUCUUAUUUUCUAUAAAUUUAUAAUGCCUUUAUUUGUGAUGAACAUACUUUACUUUUUUUCUAUUUUAGCAAUCACAAGCAUAAGUUCAUUUUGUUUCAACCUAAAUAGAAUGAAAAACAAAGCUGUUGCUUGUUAUUUAGAUCCUUCAGUGUUACUUAAGUGUCGAUGUGUAAAUCUACAGCAUGUUAAAACAAUGUUUAAUGUUUGUUUUCAGGGCAUGAAACUGCAGGAGUAGCACAGGUGUAAUUGAUAACACGAAUAAGAGCUGUGCUCCAUUUAGCUAUAAGAGGUUUGGGGAACUUCCACUGUAUAGGCUGGCACGCUGACGUGGCUUUCCUGACUGUUACUGGUAUCAAUAACAGAGAAGACAAAACAAAACUGCACACUAGUUUAUGUUCCCAUGGCUAUUCAAUAUAAUUCCCACAGAUGGUGAGGAAUAUUAAAUAUUUAGGGGAGCAUGAUCUAGUGUGCGGACUUUGUUUUUUCUUCCCUUGUGUUCUCUCAUGUCCAGCACCUAGACUUUUUGUUGUUUAAAUGUGUUUUUUUGUGAACUUAUUGGUAUUAGUGACACCUGUGCUUUUCCUUCUGUCAUUU